GGAUGCGACGAUACAGUUGCCUUUACCUUGCCUACAGAGUAAGACGAAGUGUCAGUUAGAGAUCAAAAAUUUCAAGGAAAAUUUAGAAGCAAUGAAGCAGCAAACAGUGUGUAUUUUGCUGGCACUUGUUCUAGUAUCAGCUGCCUAUACCGAUGCUUUGGUGUUUGUUUAUGCCAAAACCUGUUCCUCUUGCAAGGCAUAUGGAGCCCGGUAUUGCGGCUAUGGCUCCCUUAACUCCAAAGGCUACGUUUCCUGUGACGGAGCGACGUCAAUAAGAAGCUGCAGUGACUGUCAGAAGCGGUUCGGAAGAUGCCGUGAAGGUGCCAUCACCGAAUGCUACAUCGGAUGAGAUGUCUGGCGGCUGAGAAGAAACGGUCCGACGAUAUUUGCUGGAAGCUAUGAUCUAUCGAAUCAGUCUGGGUUAUGAUUGGAAUUUUCCCGGGCAUGUGUGUCAUUGAUUGAUAUUGAAGAAGAAUAAAUUGGAGAGCUCUCCAGUAAAAGUUAA